CGAUACCCUCCCAUCCUCGCCUUGACUCGUAGAACGACAAGACAAGAUGGACAAUUCCCCCACUGCCCUCUUUGACUCAUACGAGUCUGACUUCAAGCAAAUCAUCCACAGCAUCCGCGACAAGCUCGAGGGUGACGCGAAGGAUGCUGGCCAGGGCGAGCAGCGCAAGGCAGCGCUUCGCAGGGUCGAGAUGGAGCUUGACGAAGCCGACGAGAUGGUCUCCCAAAUGGAAAUAGAAAUCCAAGGCAUCCCCCAAUCCCUCCGGCCCUCGUACCAAUCCCGCGUCAAGGCCUCCAAAGCAGACCUCACCCGUUACAAGAAGCUCUCCAAGGACAUUUACGCUCAGCUCUCCCGCGCCGAACUCCUCGCCCGUCCCGGGACACGCGGCACGCCUACUUCGGACGAGCCUUACGGCGCGACGAGCGACCGCACACGGCUGCUUGCAGGCACGGAGCUGCUUGAGGACGGGAGCAGGCGGCUGUUGGACAGUCAGAGGAUCGCUCUUGAGACGGAGGAGCAGGGCGCGGACAUCCUCAGAAGUUUGCGUGGGCAGAGGGAGCAAAUUCAAAACGCCCGCGAUACGCUCCAGCGGGCGGAUACCUCUAUCGACCGCGCCUCGGGAACGCUCAAGAAGAUGAUCCGACGAAUGUACCAGCAGCGUGUCGUCACCGCCGCCAUCAUUGUGAUUCUCGUCCUCCUUAUACUCGUCAUACUGUAUUUCAAGCUUGUCCGCUGAACGCUCGAUAUAGCCUAGUGCGUCUCAGGUUCAGAGUGUCUGUGGAGGUGUUCUAAUGGGCGAGAUGUUGGAUUGCUUGGAGGGCGAUGGACUCGUACAUUAUGUGUAUCUCUAGCUUGAUUUUUGCAUCUUAUCUACCG